AUGCUGAGAAGGAAGGCACGAGAGAGGCGUGAGUAUCUGUACAGGAAAUCUGUAGAGGACCAGCAUAGGAAAAUCCAGGACAAGAAGGACAGAGUACGACGUGCAGUAGAGGACCACAGCUUGAUAGAUACAGAUCUAAAGCGGGAUGCUUUGGAAUUACAGAGGAUGGGUGCCUGGGAUGAUGCAGGACCUGAGCUAGCUGUUCAGCAAGGCGGAGCUGGAGGUGGUACACUAGCCAAUAGUCAAGAUGAUGAAUACAGAUGGGCUGGAGUAGAAGACCCUAAGAUAAUGAUCACUACCUCAAGAGAUCCUUCAGCUAAACUAAAACAGUUCGCCAAGGAGGUCCGUCUCCUGUUCCCUGGAUCUCAGCGGUUAAACCGAGGAAGCUACGAAUUCAACCAAUUGAUGGACGCCUGCAGGGCUAACAACGUUACAGACUUCCUGGUGGUUCACGAGCACCGUGGUGUUCCUGACGGUCUUAUCGUCUGUCAUCUACCUCAUGGACCUACGGCAUACUUUACCAUCUCAGAUAUUGUCAUGCGUCACGAUAUCCCAGAUAUAGGAACUAUGUCUGAAGCGUAUCCUCAUCUCAUCUUCCACAAUUUUAAGUCUCGGCUAGGAGAAAGAACAAUGUCUAUUUUGAAAUAUCUGUUUCCAGUCCCUAAAGAGGAAUCCAGGAGAGUUGUCACGUUUGCAAACCAUGAUGAUUUUAUCUCCUUCCGUCAUCAUACAUACAAGAAGACAGAGAGAGGGAAGGAUGUUGAGCUGGCAGAAGUCGGACCCAGGUUUCAACUCAGGUAG